AUGACUCCUGCAGUACCAAGACAUACCAAACCAACCAAUAGUUUGGUAGAACGCCGUCAUUUCCACAGCAAGUUAAAAUUGGAAGAACGAGUCAGCCCGGUUCAUGGUUCUAUGGCUACUUCACCGGACCUGCUCUUAUCAUUUGCCUUGUAA